AACUGAAGCGAAUAGAGAGAAGAAAAAAAAACAUGUAAAUCUAUCAAAUAAUCGGAUUGUUUUUCCUUCGUGUUUUGUUUUUUCAUCACGCACAUUCAGGUGAUUGUACAGCUUUCGUGAUUAGGAGGUGAAAAAACGGCGGCGUUGGUGGUGUAGAACCUGUCCUUAAACUGUUCUCCAUUCGGGGAUACGUGUGUGCAUCUCUGCCGCUAAUCGUGCCUACGAUAAAAUCAUGAGUGACCCUAGACCAGACGGGGUGGAUCAGUGCGAACCGGGAGCAUGUGAGGAAAGUUCACUGAUAACGACUGAUUCGUUCGAAGAAUUUUCCCACGAGAUAAACAGUCUGCCGGCUGUCCAGGAAAAUGCAGGACACCCACAGCAGGAGUUGGAGUGCAGCUCUAGCGAACGGACCAUUGCGGACGAUAAGGUUUCCGAGGAUGAUCGUGAAAGUAUGUCGGAUGGUGGCAAUGUACCGAGGGUGCAAGAUGGUGUAAACUCGGCCGACCAUCCGGUGGACGGUGCGAUGAGCAAAUCUAGUUCUUUCAGCAGUGCGAAAAGUAGAGAAUUCGAUGCGUCGACCGUGAGCCUUGCUGAAACGACGGAACCGUGCAGCGCAGGAAUUGGCACCGAGCUGGAGUCGGGCGAUUAUCUGCACGAUGUGGAAUUCCUAAACCGCAAGCGGCAUGUGUUUAUAUUGAGCACGGCCGGGAAACCAAUCUAUUCGAUGCAUGGCAACGAAGACAAAUUGGCCACCUUGUUCGGGGUGAUGCAGGCGUUAGUUAGUUUUAUCCAAAGCGGCAACGACACGAUCAAAUCGAUCCAUGCUGCCGGUGUAAAGUUUGUGUUUCUGGUCAAGUCUCCCCUCAUAUUGGUGGCAGUCUCGAGGACAUCGCACAGCGUGCAACAGAUCCAAUUACAGUUGACUGACGUGUACAACCAAAUUAUCUCCACCCUUACGCUUAGCCAUAUGAUCAAAACGUUCGAGAGGCGAAAAAACUUUGAUCUUCGCCGGUUGUUGGCAGGAAGCGAACGGUUGAUCGACCAUCUGUUGGUCAGUGACAAAUGCGAUCGGAAGGUGGUGUCGAACAAUCCGUUCAGCUUUAUGACACACUCGGUGCGCAUCUUGCCAUUGCAACCGUCUGUGAGGGAAACGGUCGUGUCCGCGAUACAGAGCAACUGUGGAAAGAUCAAGAACCUGGUGUUUGCAGUAUUAAUUGCCAACAAUAAGCUGAUAGCGCUCGUGCGCAUGAAGAAGUAUUUCAUCCAUCCGGCCGAUUUGCGGCUCAUCUUUAACCUGAUCGAGUGCUCGGAGAGCUUCAAGUCGGCGGAAAGCUGGACACCAAUAUGUUUGCCAAAGUUCGAUUCCAGCGGGUUCCUGCACGCGCACGUGUCGUACCUUGCUGAGGACUGUCAGGCCUGUUUGCUGCUGCUAUCGAUUGAACGCGACGUGUUUUACACAUUGUCCGAAGCAAAGCGGAAGAUCACCGAGAAACUACGCCGUAGCAACUGUCUAGAAGCAAUCAACGAUGCAAUCAACAACAAAGGAAUCAAGCUGUUAAACAUUGGCAUUCCAGAGAUACGACAUUUUCUGUACAAAAGCAAAUCGAACGCGCAGCUACUGUGCUCCGAGCUUACAGUGCCGUAUUCCAGCGGGGAGCAGUUUAAACGUUUGGAGGGCAUGUACUUUCAGCUGCAUCAUCGCAUCCACAAUUCCGGUCGGCCCGUAAAGUUGAUCUACCAGAUGAAGGAAAAGGAAGUUCUGCUUGCUUGGGUGACGCAAGCGUACGAGCUGUUUGUAACGUUUGAACCGACGGUUGAGAAGAACGAAGUGAUAAGCCUCGUAAACAAGCUGCUAAAGUGGAUCAAGAAGGAGGAAAAUAGUCUGUUCAUUCUGUCUGCGCCAACGUUCUAGGAGUCACUAUCUCUGUCGCCGCUGUUGCAGUUCUUUUCGUUCUCGCAAACAAGCUGGCCGGCAGAGAUGGCGUCCUGCACGCAGGAUUGAAAUUUCCAGCCCCCUCUCCCCCUCCUACAGCGUACGUAUCCUGCAUUAUAUACGAUUUUGAAGUGAUAGUCGGUAAUCGGCGGUGCGAUGCAAUGUUCUUUUCAUUGCGAUACUGCGGUGAAGAAGGAAAGAGACCAGGAGUAAAACUGCAUACAGAGCAGAGUAGAAAGCUGUAGAAAGAUAGAGUGAGGGGAAAAAACGCAUAUGGUCCGCGGGGAACCGAAGGCGAACCGCGAACAUUAACAGAGCAAUUAUAUUGAUAUCUAUUUUUUGUAAAUAUUUAUUUAUAAAUAAGCUGUAAUCUUCUGCACCCGCUUUCGGAUCGGACCGACUGGACCGGUGUGCUGGUAAUGUUAACAACCAAUUUCUGUUUAUUGUGCCUAUCGAUCGGGUGCUCGUUGUUUGAUUGUUGAGCAGAUUAGGAUAAACGAAAAUCAAUCGGAAUAAACUAAUUGCACCGUAAAGGACUAACUAAUACCAAAACCGGAAGCCUAGAAUAAUGAAACUGAAGCGAAACGUAGCGAAAAUACUCUGAAAGAGAAACCCCAACGUCGUCGCAUUUGGUCGUCUGAUUCUUUGUGAGCUCGUGUGAGGUGAAACAUAAAAGACACGAUUGAAUUAUAAAUAAAUUGUAAACGGAUUAUGCGACAUUAUA